GAGGAGGAGGAGGAGGAGGAGGAGGAGGAGGAGGAGGAGGAGGAGGAAGAUGCCGACGACUUUUUCGGCGAUCUGCUGGACGAUUUCGCGAAACAGCAUUCCGCUGCCGCGUCGAGCCCUCCUCCGGCUGAAGAAGAGGAGUCUGUGAAGGCGGAACCGAGUCCCGUAAAAGGGAAAGUGGUGGCAACUGCCCCUGCUCGCGCCGGGCGUGGUAGGCCGAGCAAGGCGGUCACCCAACAUGCGGGCUGGCUGAUGGAGGAGGCGCUGGCUGCCGUCCUGGUGGUGUCCAAGGAUAAGGCGGUGUUAGAGGCCUUCGCGGACGAAAACUGUUGCAAGACGUGCUGCAAGCGGGUCAUCCUGAAGGGUGACGCGCCCGUCCACAAGUGCGACAUAGCGGAGCAGUCGGGAGCGUGUUCGGUGUGUAAGGCGGCGAAAAAGCCGUGCAGCGCGCAUAUAGUGCGCAACAAAAACACGGCCACCCAGAAGAAAGAGCUCUUCAUCCCGGAGACUCCAGAGCCCGAGUCCCGCGCGCCCACUCCAGCGGCCGAAAAAAAGAAGGCUGCGCCCAAGCGCGCUACCCGAAGCUCAAGCGGCAUUGUCAAGCCCGAAAAACGGGAGAGGGAGGAUGGUGAGGGUUCGAUUGGCCCGUUUCAAAAGCGGUCCCGCCUUCUGGAGGCCGAGAUCGAGCUGCCAGUCUCGCCGCUCCGCUCGGCGGAGCACAAGAUGCUGGAGGUGUGGAAGAGCCUCCAGACGGCACAGAAAGCGGUCGACGCUGCGCAGAAGGGGGUCGACACUGCGCAGAAGGGGGUCGACACUGCGCAGAAAGGAGUCGACGCUGCGCAGAAAGUGGUGAACACUGCAACGGGCUGGGCGGAUCAAGUCCAGGCUCUCCUGGGGAAGGCUCUGGUUGAGUAA